UGUGGAUUUAAGAAAGCUUCAGCAAAUAAACUCAAACAGCUGGAUGGUUAGAAAAAUGUUUUUCUUUUGGAUUUUUAUCAAGUAACCAUUCAUUCUUUUAUUGGAAAGCUAUAUGUAUAAAAUUUGUGUUUUGUCACUGGACUGCUUUAUCUCAGUUCAGGUAUCAUUCGCACAGUAAAACAGUUUGUUGCAACCUUAAAAAAAUGUUAGAGGUAAAGAUUGUCAUGUGAAAGAUAUUCUUUGAUUUUAUCCUCAUCUGACAAUAUGUAUAUCCCAGUUACUAAAGUUGUGAGGCCAUUUAGUCGGGACAUACCCCGCUGAUAUGAGCACUGUAGCUGCUGUUACUGUAGAAACAAGAGACUUAUCUAAUGAUUAAAUCAAGAUUUCUGACUGGCCAUUCUCCUUGGCACCUGACAUAGUUCAGCUAAGGUUUUGCAUAGCCUUCUUUCCCUUGACUCACUGAGUACUGCUGCUAAUACAUACACAUCAGCCUGUGAGCUUUCUCACUAAUCCAUCCAUCCAUCUUGUAAACCUCCUUCAUCCUGUUCAUGGUUGCAGAAGACAGUUCACACUUUGGACAGCUCACCAAUCCACCACAAGCUCUGAAUUCCUAUGAAACCGCUGUCCUGUAGAUGAGCCAGCAGUGGGGGCUUUCUCGUCGCUGUCGCAGAACCAGAUAGUUCCUGGCGACAGCGGCAUUGCCCCCCGCUCCCCAAUAUGCCCAACAACAGCCGGGCGGGGAGCCUGAAGGACCCCGAAAUUGCUGACCUGUUUUUCAAGGAUGACCCGGAAAAGCUCUUCUCGGAUCUGCGUGAAAUUGGACAUGGCAGCUUUGGUGCUGUUUAUUUUGCACGGGAUGUGCGGACAAAUGAUGUGGUGGCCAUCAAGAAGAUGUCAUAUAAUGGGAAGCAGUCCACUGAGAAAUGGCAAGACAUAAUAAAGGAGGUGAAGUUUCUGCAGAGAAUACAACACCCAAACAGCAUAGAGUACAAAGGAUGUUACCUGCGAGAACAUACUGCUUGGCUGGUAAUGGAAUAUUGUUUAGGCUCGGCUUCAGAUUUGUUAGAAGUUCACAAGAAACCUCUACAAGAAGUUGAAAUAGCUGCAAUUACUCAUGGUGCUCUACAAGGUCUGGCCUAUCUUCACUCCCACAACAUGAUUCACCGUGACAUCAAGGCAGGAAACAUCUUACUGACAGAGCCAGGACUGGUAAAACUUGCAGACUUUGGCUCUGCCUCCAUUGCCUGUCCUGCAAAUUCCUUUGUUGGGACCCCCUAUUGGAUGGCCCCUGAAGUAAUUUUAGCUAUGGAUGAGGGUCAGUAUGAUGGAAAGGUGGAUAUUUGGUCUAUGGGAAUAACCUGCGUUGAAUUAGCUGAAAGGAAGCCUCCACUGUUCAACAUGAAUGCUAUGAGUGCCUUAUACCACAUAGCACAGAACGAGAGCCCCACACUGCAGUCUAGUGAAUGGACGGAUUGUUUCCGAAACUUUGUAGAUUCUUGCCUUCAGAAAAUUCCCCAGGAUAGGCCAAACUCCGAGGAGCUCUUAAAGCAUGCAUUUGUCCAGCGUGCACGACCAGAAUCUGUUCUAACAGACCUGAUAAAUCGGACCAAGGAUGCUGUGCGGGAGCUAGACAAUCUGCAGUAUCGUAAAAUGAAGAAGAUCCUGUUUCAGGAGGACCGUAAUGGCCCCACAACUGAGGUGCAAGAUGAAGAGGAGGAGCCAGAACACAGUGUGGGUAGGACUGGCACAGUGAACAGCGUGGGGAGCAAUCAAUCAAUCCCCAGUAUGUCAAUCAGUGCCAGUUCUCAGAGCAGUUCUGUCAAUAGUCUAACGGACGCAGGUGAUGAUAAAAGCGAGGUGGACAUGGAUGGAGACCACACAGUGAUGUCCAACAGCUCUGUCAUUCAUCUCAAACCUGAAAAAGAGACAAGUAAUGUGGAGUCAGAGGCUCACAACCGGCCGACAGAACCACAGUCCCCUCCUGCACACACUCCAAGGCCGAAACGAAACCGUGAACACUUUGCUACGAUUCGCACAGCUUCAGUGCUCACUCGCCAGAUAAAGGAGCACGAGCAGGACUCUGAGUUAAGGGAGCAAAUACUGGGCUACAAGCGCAUGAGGCGGCAGCAUCAGAAGCAGCUGAUGGCUCUGGAAAACAAGCUGAAGGCUGAAAUGGAUGAGCACAGGCUUCGCCUGGACAAGGAGCUGGAGAAUCAGAGGACCAGUUUUGCCCAGGAAAUGGAGAAGCUGAUCAAGAAGCACCAGGCAUCCAUGGAAAAAGAUGCAAAAACCUUUAAUAAUGAUGAGAAGAAGUUCCAACAACAUAUCCAGAGUCAGCAGAAGAAGGAGCUUAGCAGCUUCCUAGAAUCGCAGAAACGGGAAUACAAACUUCGCAAGGAGCAACUGAAAGAGGAGCUUAAUGAAAACCAGUCAACACCGAAGAAAGAAAAGCAGGAGUGGUUGUCCAAGCAGAAGGAGAACUUCCAACACUUCCAAGCAGAAGAGGAGGCCAACUUACAGCGUAGACAAAGGCAGUACCUGGAACUGGAGUGUCGCAGGUUCAAAAGGAGGAUCUUGAUUGCUCGCCACAAUAUUGAACAGAACCUGGUGCGAGAGGAGUUAAACAAGCGUCAGACUCAGAAAGACUUGGAACAUGCCAUGCUUCUACGGCACCAUGAGUCCAUGCAAGAGCUGGAGUUUCGCCAUCUCAACACCAUCCAAAAGACCAGGGCUGAGCUGAUCCGCCUGCAGCACCAGACCGAGCUCACCAAUCAGCAGGAGUACAACAAGAGGAGGGAGAGGGAACUGAGACGCAAACAUGGCAUGGAAGUACGCCAGCAGCCCAAGAGCCUCAAGUCCAAAGAGCUACAGAUCAAGAAGCAGUUCCAGGACACAUGUAAGAUCCAGACCAGGCAGUAUAAAGCACUGAGGAACCACCUGCUGGAGACCACACCAAAGUCAGAGCACAAGGCUGUCCUUAAACGGCUGAAGCUGGAGCAGCACCGCAAGCUUGCCAUUUUAGCUGAGCAAUAUGACCACUCCAUCAAUGAAAUGCUUUCCACUCAAGCGCUGCGUCUGGAUGAGACUCAGGAGGCUCAGUGCCAAGCCUUACGCAUGCAACUACAGCAGGAGCUUGAGCUUCUCAAUGCCUACCAGAGCAAGAUUAAGAUGCAGACGGAAGCCCAGCACGAACGUGAGAAGAAGGACAUGGAGCAAAGGGUGUCACUCCGACGGGCCCUGCUGGAGCAAAAGAUUGAAGAGGAAAUGCAGUCUUUGCAGAAUGAACACCUUGAGCGAAUUCGUAGUCUUCUGGAACGCCAAGCGCGGGAAGUUGAGGCUUUUGAUUCGGAGAGUAUGCGCCUGGGCUUCAGUAACAUGGUGCUGUCCAACAUCUCCCCAGAGGCUCUCAACAACAGCUUUCCCGGCGCCCCAGGAGGUUGGAGUCAACAGCAACACCCAUCUGGGAGCUCUCAAGGGCCGCACUGGGGGAGCCGUGGAUCCAGUUUGGGGUCAAGUCAUCAAGGCAGCCAUCACCGCUACCACUCCAGUCCAGGAGGGGGGCACUCCAGCCCUAUGCAGCAAGGAUGGGGGCAGGGCAUGCAGGGAGGAGGGGGCCCAUCACCAUGGGGCUAUUCGCCAGCUGGAGGCCUGGUCUCUCGGAGCAGUGGAGGUCUACAGAACAGCCCCCAGGCAAUGGGGAGGACACCCUCAGGAGGGCGGAGUGAGCAGGGUAUGAGCAGGAGUACCAGUGUCACCUCUCAAAUUUCCAAUGGGUCACACUUCUCAUACACAUAAACCCACUGUCAGUAUCCAACAGACAUAGCAGGAUAGAGUAUUGGCCGAGCUCUGCCGCUCUAUGACACUAUCCCACAAUUUCUCCCAUGUACAGAUGUGGAUGUAUGAUGAAAUAAAUAUUGCUCAGGUCAAAAGUGCUGGAAAAGGCACAGCCCGUUCUUACGGCAGUUUAUCAGCACGCACACAGAUCCUUAAUCUUCUGUUACAUAAACAUUUUGAUUGUCAACAUUUAAUUCUUCUUGUUUAAUAUACAGUCCUCUCCUGCAGAAGUUUUUUUUUUUUUUUUUUUUUUAAGAUACAUUUGUGCUAUUCACAGCCAUUGCUCUUAUUUUGCACAUAAGAUACUCUUAGAAACCUUUUUGACAUGUGUUACUUGUCCUUCAUAAUUGGGUCAGACAGUCACUCCUCUCAUUCAUAUUCAGUAAUACACUGACCAAUUCUGUGAAGUUGGUUUAAAAAGAAAAAAAAAGAAAAAAAAAAAGAAAUCAUAGCGGACCUAACUGAAGAUGCUUUGCUGUUCUCCUACCAGCCUGCUGUAAUGGUCAUUGUGAAAGAUUAGACACCAUCAAAACAAGACUUUACAAUGCAAAACCAAAUAAAUCCACCUUUAAUGUUUCAGGUGUAUAGUAAUACUUAUAUUGUGCCUUUAAGCCUUGAUAGUUUUUGUCAGUCUCAGCUGUUUAGAGUUAAAUAUUUCAAUUUGAUCAUCCAUUUUUGGUCAGUAGUAGUGUAUGUUUAAGUUUAGGUUCAUUUAAAACAUGAGGUUUUAUUUACGGACCUCCUGAUAUUUUUGCAGUUUCAUCGUGACAGAGUAUGCAGUGAUGCUGGUUGCACUCUUACAGAUGUUGAGAAAUAGAAAAUUAUUGUGAGAAAAUUGGAAAUGUAUCAACCUAUACAAACAAUCAUAGUGCUCAUCUUUUUUUUUUUUCUUUUUUUUAUUAGUGCCUUUUAAACUGCUGCCUUUAUCAAAGCACUUUAAACAUCUAAAUGCAUGUAAAAUGAAUAUGAGACUUCUUUUUGCAAAGCUCCUUAUGGAUGAAUGUUUCAUCGGUACGCAUGUACAGAAGUCAAACAUAUCUUCUUUUUUUUUUGUUUUUUUUGAAAGAAGAGUUACCGAAGUACAGGUGAAGCCAAGUGCAUAUUAACAUGCAUUUAUCUGAGUGAAAGUGUUUCCCCAGUUUAGCAUCUUUUACAGCGUUUGGAGAAUGGAGCUCUUAGUUACUCUUUCUGUGUGCGCGUGUGUUUGUGUCUGUGUGUAUGUGUGUAUGUGUGCGCCCUCACAUAAAUGCUUAAUUUUGAAUAAAUAGAGUAUGGGUGGAUGCUUCAGUGUUUUUAUACAUGUUUUGGCUACAGUUUCCAUUAAAGAAGCUAAACUAAAUUAAAUGUGGAGUCCUUAGUGUGCAGGCUGGUUACGAAAGGUAAUCGUUAUGACCAUAACAGCAGGCUUGGCGCUAAUGAACUAAAACACUGUUUAAAUAUGCUGGGGCCCCAAUAAAUAACACUUAAAAAAACUAAAAGGUGCUAAGUUUAAACUGUAAUAGCAUCUCAUUAGAACUCAAAAACCAGAGUGACUGAAUUAAGCACACACUUGCAAGUUGACAUGGUAGAAAUGUGUGUGUAUGUAUGUGUGUGUGUGUAUAUAUAUAUAUAUAUAUAUAUAUACAUACACACACACAAAUACAUACAUACAUAAAACUGAGUCUGCAUACACUCUGUUAAAACAAAACAAAAAAUAAAAUAAAAAACAGCCAUAUGCAAGAUAAAUGUAGCAAAUGCACUUGGGUCUUUUGAUGGCUCCAGCAGUUCCUGUCUGAUGUUUUUUCUUCCUUCCCUCUCUCCACUUUGUGGUGAAUUAAAUAUCCCUGGGCUAGUUUCUGCCCUUUUUUUAGUUGUUUUUUUUUCCCAGCAUCCUCUCCUUCCAAGUGAGUUUCCAUUUCUCCUCAGCAAAAUUAAAACAGUUUAAAAGGCCUUUAAGGACAACUAUCUGGAAUUGAUUGCAGUGUGUGCUUCCCUGAACCGCAAAGCUUGGGUGAAAGGUUCAUAUUUGUAUUGUUUAUGUAAGAACCAAUUUCAAAAAAGCUUGUCAGUUUUUCAGAAAAUAAUUUCUAUGCUCCAUUUAAUUUUACUGCCGUUAGGACAUAUUUUGUUUUUAGUCAAUGUGCUGUUUAGUUAUGUGGACAUGACUAAUUCAGAGAUAUUUCUGGUUGUGUACACAGACUAAAUACCCUUGUAUUUGUUGUUCUCAUUUAAAUGUCGCCUAAGGAGUUGAAUGGCCAUUCUUGAGGACUAUUGUUGCAGUUUGUUCUCCCCUGCUUUGCACCUUUUUGAGCAUUUGUCAUCAUUCCAGGCUGAUUUAGGGCUACCUUUUCAGAUGCUGGCUCUUUCUGAAUGUCGUUCUUGGAUAUAUCCCUGUAUAUUUGAGGACACAAAAAUGCUGGCAUAUGUCUUGUUUUUAAGUCGCUUUUUAAUUUUUCACACAUACAGAUUCCACCAGAGAAAGUAUGCAUUUUAUCGAAUUUAGCAUUAUAUGCUCCAAAAUCUCUUCUUUUGUGCUAACAGUUCCAGCCACCACAACAAAGCAGAUGACAUUUAUUGUUUGACAAACAAGAAUGUGUUUGUCAUUUCUGGACUUCUUACCAUAAAUCAAAAGCCAAGACCAAGUGUUUCAGUGUUGGGCCAAUCUAACAUCAUACGCAUGCCAACUUUUUUAGUUUAUGUGGACAGUUUUGGUUCAUUUCUACGUCACAAUUGCGUGUGUAGGAAUAUAUGUAGAUGUAUUUGUCAAUCACAAGACCUUGCCACCUGUCUUUUUUUUUUUCUUCCAAAUAUGACUGUUUCACUUUAUCUCUGAUGUCAGAUUUGAUCCUACUGACUGAAAGCACGUGGGAUACUGAAUGAGGAUUGGCAACUGAAAAUGAUUCUUUUGAUGGUCAAACACUGUGCCAUACCGGAGUUGCCAAGUCCAGACACCACUGCAUUUGCUUCAUCUCCAAGUUUUCAUAUAUUGUUGGGCUGAUGAUGGAAAAAUGUAUAGUUGUGGUCUAGAGGCCAAAGUAAAUUGGCUUGAAAAGGAAAAAAGAAAUGUUGGUGUGAGAGGCAAAUGAUGAGAAGUUUGCAUUUCUUCGAAGAUGUUAGCAUUCUCUUGGCACAUUACCACUACAACACAUAACCUGUAUUAAAAUGUAUAGAUGAUUGAGCUUGUUAUUGAAUGUCAGAGAGAUUAUGAACAUACUACAUAAGAGAUGGUAAAGUACUAAAAUUGAAUUUAAAUUGUGUAAAAAAGAUAAAACAAUAAAAAUAGGAUUGAAUUUACUAUAUUGUUUGUAUUGUAUUUACCAUUGUGUUGGCAGAGGGAUAUUGAAAAGAAAUCAGUUGUAAUAAAGUAAUUUUAGAAUAA